UUUUUAUGUGAAAAAGUUUCGUGUAUCCCUGCAGAGUUUGAUUGUAUAUUUGCAAAGCAAAAGUAUCGUGGGCGAUUAGGACUUCUCGGAAUCACCGUCGAUUUAUAUAACAGGAAGAUCGCCCACAGCUUCCUGGAAGCACCUGGUCGCAUUUUAUCAAACUAGAAAUCGGGAAACGAGGUGAGAUCAUGAGAAAAGAGGUACUUAACGGAUCGUUUCGACGUCGAUAAAAUUCGUGGUAAACGCCAGUCGACGAACGCGCCUAAUAGAGGCGACGACGCUGUUUUCAAUUCCCGUCGGGAUAACGUCGGUCUCUCAAGCGGAACGAGCGACGGAAAACUUCGGAUUCGAUUUCGUAACUGGAGGAGGAGCACCCUCGCGGGUGGUUGCAGCCGAAGACGGUGGUAGAGGGUCGGUGGGUUACGGGGUAGGUACGUGAUCGUGGGAUGGCUUGUGCGAGGGAGUAAAAAGUGCAGUCAAAGCAGUAUAGCGUGGCUAAAGCCUCCGAAAGAGAGAUUGCAGACCGCUGCAAGUUCUGAUAUAUCCGUGGUGAGGGAAAAAAAGAGAGAGAAGAAAGAGAAAGAGAGAAAGAAAGAGAGAGAGAGAGAGAGAGAGAGAAGAGAAACGAGACAUAUGCUGCGAUCGAAGAAGAUCGGAAAAGUGACGAAGAUCAAGCGAGCAGUGUCAGCGCGUCAGGGGAUGCCAGCUACACGUUCCCCUUCCUGUAUUGCUGCUGUCUUUUUUUAGGAAAACGCUAAUGGAUCGGCGGCACGUGGAUCGUAUGACAAUACAAAACUCGAUGACGGACAAUUAGAGCGAUUUUAUCGAAACGGUUUCCGUCAAGGCUCCGACCUUCCGCCCGUUGCGUCAGCGGAAUCGCGCGAGAUAGUGUUGAAGUAUCACAUUUGUAGAGUCGUGCGUUUCGUUGGAUCGAAAUAGUAUCAAGUAUAAACGUGGACGAGAAAAUCGUCGCGUAGAAUUCGAAUGAAAAUAAUUAAACGUGUCCGGGGAAGUAACUAGGAAAUUCGCGUUGUGAAGGAUGAAAGACUCGAUCGAUUAACGUCAAAGCGAUUGUUGGAAAUCAUGCACUCGAAAUUCGCGACGGAAGGAAAAUGGAAACAGUGACAAGUGAGCCACAGAUAUUCGAAACACAAACCAGAUCGUAGCCUGUUAAAUUCGAUAGCCUCAGCGCGCUGUCUAAAACAACUCGCUGUUUAAACGCCGCGUAACGUUAGACAUCAUCGGAGAUGCAACGCUAGCGAUUGUGUGUAUGCUGAGAGCGAGUAUUAUCGAUUAUCCGGGGAUAACGUACGUUUUGCAACCCUGUUUGCGACCACGAAACUAAAGCAUCGGAUUGACUAUCGGACAGUGUAUGACGAAGUGUUUCAGCGAGCGUGUAUGACGUGCGCAUUAACGAGCUCAUCCGACCGUAAUCGUGGGAAUAUUGAUAAAAAUCCACGGGGAUUGGUCUUCAAUUAACGACCGCGUUCGACGAAAAAUUAGAAAUUAUUUCCGAUAAACGAGAAAUGCAAAGAACUUGGUUAUAACAGUUAACACUACGUUGAUAGUAUAAAAACAAGUGUAAUUUAUUUCGCAAACUUGAAGUCGUGUUUAAGAAAGUUCAGUGACAAUCUUGAAAAUAAUUGAGAAACGAGCUGCAAUUCCUGUCUUCAUUCUGUGUAACAUAAAGAUACUUAAAUUAAGUGGCGUAAUAUAAAGUUGUUUGAUGUAACAUCUUAACGACACUCGCGUAAGAUAUAAAUUAAUUGAAAAAUUAAUUAAUUAAGAGACUAAACGUAACUAAUCGAUAGAUUAAUACACGAGAAAAGCGUGGUUGUUUCUCGGGUUCAAAGACCAUGAUAAACAUCGAGCUUCCCCCAGUUCUAGUCCUACCGUAGAGUAAAUUGACCGGCCAGUCAUAAAGUUUUCAGUUAUUAUUUCUGGUAGUGCGAGAGGAUUGUGGUGUUCUGUGAAAACUGCAAAGACCAUAGUGCAUUUAAUCGUCCUGAGUUACAUUUAAGUGUUAACGCAGAAGAACCUUGAUCCCGUUACGACGGGUCGCGAUGCCUCGCGCGUUCUACCGAGUUCGCAUCACCCGUCGUCGUCACCGUGUCCGAUAUCCUCUAGAGUCCUUCGACAGGAUCGCAUGGGCGUACCCGAGAACCGCGAGAGUUAAUUAAAAUGCGAGACCUGAACGCCACCGCAUGCGCUGCUUUGUACGACGGCGUCGAAUGGUCAAGUCUGUGGAACGUGAUUACCCUAAUCGUUCUGGCGAUCAUCGAUGUCAUGGUGGUGGUAGGUAACGUCCUGGUCAUUCUGGCCGUCUACUGUACCAGCAAGCUGAGAAACGUGACGAAUAUGUUCAUUGUGAGCCUGGCGGUCGCCGAUCUGAUGGUCGGCGUCGCUGUCCUACCGUUCAGCGCAACCUGGGAGGUCUAUAAGGUUUGGAUAUACGGGAACCUUUGGUGCUCCGUGUGGCUUGCGGUCGACGUUUGGAUGUGUACGGCAUCGAUAUUGAAUUUAUGCGCCAUCAGCUUGGAUAGGUACUUGGCUGUGACCAGACCAGUCAGUUAUCCUCAGCUUAUGUCGACGAAGAGGGCUAGACUGCUGGUGGCCACCGUUUGGAUUUCAAGCUUCGUUAUCUGUUUUCCGCCUCUAGUGGGCUGGAAGGACAAACGGUCGCACACCACGUACAAUGACACGUUUCCUCUAUAUGGCCCGUCCAACACCACCACUAUACUCGUGCCGAUGAAGCCAUGCCCAUGGAUCUGCGAACUGACCAACGACGCCGGCUACGUCGUUUACAGCGCCCUAGGCUCCUUCUAUAUACCGAUGUUGGUGAUGCUAUUUUUUUAUUGGCGGAUCUACAACGCCGCAGUUUCCACGACGAGAGCUAUCAAUCAAGGUUUUCGGACAACAAAAGCCUCGAAAAUGCUUGGCAGCAGGUUUGAUGAACAAAGACUGACCUUACGAAUACACCGUGGCCGAGGUAGCGUCCACAACGGCAGUAACAACGGCAACUCGAGAAGUCCAGACUCGAGCAGCCGCAGCUCCGUGAAGCGGGAAAAGAUCAAGAUCUCAGUCUCCUAUCCCAGCACCGAGACGCUCAACACGAAGUGCAACACCCUCGAAAGGACACCGUCGAGAUGUUCGCAAAUCUCAGUCCAUUACAGCAACGGGCAGACGCAGACGCAGCUUUGUCCGACCUCGCGAAACACGCAUCUUAAGGUCGGUGGUGUCAAUAGGGUCGGCAGCAGCAAAAGAACAAGCAGGCGGAGCAGCUGCGAGAGUCAGGUGACCGGCGACGAGUUGUCGCUGCGCGAGAUGACGCCGAGCAACGAGGAGAAGCCGCGAGUGAUGAAGCUGGGCAAGAGAAACAUAAAAGCCCAAGUGAAGAGAUUUCGCAUGGAAACGAAGGCGGCGAAGACCCUGGGUAUCAUCGUCGGCGGCUUCAUCUUGUGCUGGCUGCCUUUCUUCACCAUGUAUCUGGUGCGCGCGUUCUGCCCGAAUCACAUCCAUCCAACCGUCUUCAGCGUACUGUUUUGGCUAGGAUACUGCAAUUCCGCGAUAAAUCCGUGUAUCUAUGCCCUCUUCAGCAGGGACUUCCGCUUCGCUUUCAAAAGAAUCAUCUGCUGCAAGUGCUCCUGCAUACAACGCGCCAACACCUUGCGACGUGGCAGUGACGGCAGUCAAUUGGCAAUGAGGAACGAACGAAGCCCGAGUUAUUCGAUUCGCACGGCUCAGCACGGGACCUCCAUCGACGACUCGGAUCCGGAUCCGUCAUUGGAGGCGAGCCAUUCGCAGAGUGAGUCCAGAUGAUUGUAGCGACACGUCCGAGCUGGUACGCAGCGCGUCACCUUCAAUCCCCGAUCCUCGAAAGCGAGGAUAUUCUCAUUCUGAUGACGGCGGUGCUCCGAGAGCCACGCUCGACACGUCCUCGCGGCCCUCUGCACGUCAUGACGACGAUGAGUCGCGGCCACUUCGACGCUUAAGUGUGCCAACGUAAAUCAGUUUCUCCAUUCUGCCAGACUAAUGUUGCGUCAGCAGUUCCCGUAAAUUAGAACACUCGGGUGAAGCUGGAAACUCCCGAACUCUAUCUCCGUCUCACCGUGAAUGUACGAAAUCGGUAGGCGAGUAACAGUCAGAUAACAAGCGACAAGUAAGACGGGAUGAGUAACGUGCCACUUGCUUAACUUGUCUCGUUAUUCUAUCGUCGAAAAGAAAAAGCCGAUGCUUAGUUUGUCUACGUAAUCUUGUUACAAUGGCGGUUUUACGCCAGGUCAACAGGGAUGUAAUACUCGGGUAGUUUUUUGAGUGAGGUGAGCAAAUAAUUUGCUGUUUGAUCUGCUCCCUUGCUAAAUCGCGUGAUCUCGUAAGAGUUUACGCAAAGUCAGCAGAGGGGUAAGUCAAGUAGAAGAUUGCUUUCCUCGCUUUUUUGUCAUCUACCGUUGGAAGGAAAGGAAAAACAAAGAAAAAGAAAAGUAAGGUAGAUGCCGUGCGAUUUGCCUUUGCACUGUAAUUGUGGCGAGGUGCUAGGAAACGGAGUGCCAGGUGGAGCUUUGCGAUACGCGUCUACGCGGAAUUGGAUUUCAGCGCGAUAGACCCAGAACGCGGCGCUUUUCAUCUGCAAAAAGCGAAAGAAAAAGAAGAAAAGGAAAAAUCGAUUUCCCUACGCGGAUCUUGUAGGAACGCGCUUCCUCGCGAUAAUCGUCGCAACGCUACGCUUCGAUUUGUACUUUUGGGCUACGCGAGAAGCUUCGCACGGUUUGUCCCUCAUAAACGACCGUCUUCUUGCGUCCGGUAGGUACGCAAUAAAUUAUCCGACAUAGUUAUGAUGAAUUCGGUCAUUCGCACUGGUUAUAGUGCAUAUUUAAAA